AUGCAUGGUGAUACUAAUGGUCGAACAAAGAGCAAUGAUAACCCAGCAGGAAACAGUCCAAAUGAGACAGUUAUACUAAUAGAUAGUGAUAAGGAAGAAGACGCUUCUCUUCGUGAGGCUAACCUUCCUGUCAGGUUGUAUCCAGACAGAAGGGUAGGGAGACAACGUGAUGCUCUGAAUAGGUUUGUCAGAUCAGAUUCAAGGAACAGGAAUUCUCAAAGAACUCAUACAACGGCAAGCUCUGAGAGCUUCGAUCCUCAAGCCAGUAACGAUGAUUUAACUAUAAUACGAGAAGUUGGGCGGUUUUUUGGAGACGAUGGGCCUAUCGAUCCUUCUGCGCAUUACGUGGAUCUUGAUCAAGAGCCAGGUUCUGAAUUGCUAGAGACCCCAAGAACAAUACAAGUAGAUAACACAAAUGGAUAUCUAAAUGAUAAUGACAACGAUGAUGGACUGACAAUAGUUGAAGAGAGAACAACACGGCCCAGAGUAACCCUGAACCUGCCAGGUGGAGAAAGGCUUGAGGUAACUGCAACGACAACAGACAUACCAAUACGAAGGUCAUUUGAGUUCCAAGAAGAUCUAGCCGCAUCACGCAGGCAGUUACUGAGAAGGAGUGCUACAAGAGCUCGUAAUUUAUUUGUGGACCGGUCUGAUGAAAAUGAUGAAGAUUGGACAGAGGAUACCCAUAACUUACCAGAAGCUAUUCAAAGUGCCCGUAGGGAGAGCCGUAUGCGAAUGAGUCGCAGGAUUGCAGAAAGACAACGUAGGGUACAACAGCAGAGGACGUCUAGUGACGAAAAUAUGAGUACAUCUAUCAGCUUACAAUCAAUAAGGGAACGUAUUCAAUCAUAUACUCCAGAUAUUCGUAGUGCAUUUCAUCGUGCAGAGUCAUUGCAUGAAUUCAGGUCUAUCUUACAAAAUGUUGCUCCAAUUACUUUGCAAGAAUGCGAGGAGGAACUAAUGGCACUAUUCACUGAGUUCAGAAAUCAACUGCUGCAGAAUUGGGCAAUCGAUAGGGUGAGAAAUACUCAGGAAGAGGCCUUGAGACUUCACCGAGAAGCUUUGGAAAGACAAGAAAGAACGACUGGAAGAGUUUUCCACCGUGGCGCAUUCCGUGAAUCAAUCACAAACUAUCUUAACUUUAAUGGAGAGGACGGUUUCUUAAGUCGUUUAUGGAGUGGCUCAGUAUUGAGUGAUGCUGACGAGGAGCGACACACUCAAAAUAUCAUUGAUAUGAUUCAAGAAAGAGAAGAACGAGAGCGGGAUGUGGUCAUGAAGAAUUUAAUGAACAAGACCAGAGCCCAACAGGAAGAAUUUGAAGCUAAGGCAGCCAGCCUGCCUGAAAAUUAUAGUGCGUCAUUUGAUACUACGCCAAAAAUGAAAUUAGAUAUCGCGAAAAAUGGCAAAGAAGAAACCAUCAUUGUAACAGACGACGAUUUAGCAAAAACACUCGAGGAUAUUCCAGUUUGCUGCUUAUGUGGUGCAGAAUUGGGUGUCGGAAUACCGGAUGAUUUUACUGGAAUCAGUCAAAAGGACCGUGGCAUUUCAUUUGAAGGAUUAGUGUCGAAAUACAAAUUUCACUGCCCCUACCAGACCCUUGCGAGACCUUCGGUUCUUGACAGAGAUUUAUCAAAGCGAACGUUUAUUGCAUCCUGUGGUCAUGCAUAUUGUGGUAGGUGUUUCGCUAGGAUUGACAAUGCAAAAAAGAAAUCCAAGAUGCCUAAAAAGAAAUUAGCUCAACUAAAGGGUUCAGCUCAUCCUGAUAAUUAUGGUCCUAAAUUAUGUCCCGCAAAUUCUUGUAAGAAGCUGAUUCGUUCAAGAGGUAGGCUAAAGGAGGUGUACUUUUAG